ACACGAUGACAUCUCCAAACUUUGUUUUCUAUCUGACAUGUCUGUUCUUGGGGGAAAUGGCACAGGUGACCAAUCUGAAAUUGUCCUCAUCUGUGAACCAAGAGAGUGGUUUUCUAUCAGUUAAUGUUGGGGAAAAGCUGUCUUUACAAUGUUUCUAUGAAGUUGAUGUUUCAUCAUAUCUGUACUGGUACAAGCAAACUCUGGGACAGAAACCAAGGCUCAUCUCCACCUUCUAUGUGAAUGAGAUAAAUGGUACUUUUUAUGAUGAAUUCAAGAACAAUCCUCGCUUCACACUGGAUACUGAAAACGGUAAAAAUCACUUGACGAUUUCAGAGUUACGUCUUUCAGACUCAGCUACUUACUACUGUGCAAGUAGUAUAUCAUACAAAUUUGAAUUUGCAGAAGGAACUGUUGUCAGUGUAAAGGGUUCAGGUUUGAACAUCCAAGCUUUGGUCCAUCAGUCGGCAUCUGAGAGCAUCCAGCCAGGAGACUCUGUGACUCUGAACUGUACAGUACACACUGGGACCUGUGAUGAUGGAGAACACAGUGUUUACUGGUUCAAAAACUCUCAAGAAUCUCAUCCAGGAAUCAUUUACACUCAUGGAGGCAGCAAUGAUCAGUGUGAGAGGAACAACAACACACAAACACACACCUGUGUCUACAACUUGACAAUGAAGAGUCUGGAUCUUUCUCAUGCUGGGACCUACUACUGUGCUGUCGCCUCAUGUGGACAGAUACUGUUUGGAAACGGGACCAAGCUGGACGUUGGCUACUCUCCUGUCUUGGUGUAUUUCUUGAGUGGAGCUUUGGCGUUCACCACCAUCCUCAGUGUUUUACUGGCUUUCUCAAUGUACAAGAUGAGGAGAAACAGCUUCCAAUCUACAGAGUCUCAAGCAACGUUUUCAGCUUCCUCCACAGCAAAUGGCGAGAGUUACAAAGAAGCAGACAACCUGCAUUAUGCUGCUUUAAGUGUGAACCUGCCCAACAGACCAAGAAGAGCGAGGAACAACACCAAGAAUGAAUGUGUGUACUCCAGUGUAAAGCAGUAGAAUUACAUGUUACAUUUCCAGUUUUAAAGUAAUAUUUUUUAUUUUUAUUUUAUUUUAUUUCAUUUUCAUAUUAUCAUGUAGAUUUAGAAGUUGAUCUUGAGAUAAAUAUUUUUUAUAGCUUCUUUAAUCUUAGAUGAGGUUAGUUAAUGUGCACAUUUAGCAAACGUCUCUAAGGUGUUGCUUUUGUCUUUGUGGUUUUAAGCAGGAUUUCUUAUUGUAAGAUGAAAAUCUGUAUUUGAAAUACUGAGACAGUUUUUAAUACAUUUGAAUAAAUUCCAAAACUAGUAAAUGUAUUGUAUAAGCACAGAUGAAUUGA